AUUCCGAGCGUGGUGGAGGAGGAUGGAGGGGUGGAAGGGAAGGUAGGGAAGGUGACUCUGAACGAGGAGGAUGGAGAGGGAGAGAGGGAGAAUCAGAGCGUGGAGGAGGAUGGAGAGGGAGAGAGGGAGAAUCAGAGCGUGGAGGAGGUGGAAGGGGAGGGAGGGGGACCAAGAUCGCAGCAGUGGCUGGGGGGUGGAGGGGAGGAGGAAGAAGGGAAGGUGGUUAUGAUCGCGAUCGUGCUGGUUGGAGAGGAGGAAGAGAGGACUCCGAUCAAGGUGGUGGUGCCUGGCGACACUGACCGGCCAGGUGGAGGAGGAAGUUGGAAGGACAGAGACCAAGGUCCUGCACCACGUCGCUAUGAAGGAGACCCGGACGAGAGGGGCCCACCGAGACGAGAUGACGACAAACCACGCCGGAGGUAUAUUAGGGACUCUGCAGAUUCAUGACCCUAACUCUCUGUCUCUGUUACUCUCCAGGGAUGAGGGAGGGGAGCGUCGUGGAGAUGAAGGCUGGGAGGUGGUGGGCAGGAAACGCUGAUUGCAUGGAGCCACCCAUGGCAUUUUUGCCCUCCUUCUGAGAAAUGAACUAUAUUAUUAGAAUACUGUAUAGUUAGGUAGCUGUUAUUGUAGUGAGUGAGGAUGAAUGACCUUUAAAAUCGUGUAGCAAGUGUAAAGAUGAG